AUGCCCGCCAAACGCACGGACCACCGGGGAAGAGGUGUGCUCCGCCUCCGGUUGACGAUGCCUCGUCCUCCUAGCUCUACUCAUAGCUCGGGAUCAUCUCGUGACCCUCGUUGUCCGUCAGAAUCGAGACCAAGUGAAUUACAGCCAUUCACUCAGGGACAGGGUUCUCAGCUGUCGGCCCCAUCUGAGUCCUUCACUGCACAGCCAACCGACUUCUUGCAUUAUUAUCAACGCGCCUGGACCCCUCCCCCGACUACCACUCCUACUCUCCCUCCUCCGACAUCUGUUCCUAAAACCUCAUCAACUCGCUCUAAACGUCCUCCUCGCAAACCCGCCAAACCCGCCAAACCCGCCAAACCCACAAUGGCCGAACCAAGAGCCCGUGCCGCUCGGCACAAAGGCCAGAUGAACUUCCCAUCUGAGCUUAAAUUUUUCCUUCUCGCCUACGGUGAUCCAAGCCCACACGCUCCAUACAUUGCAGAACCCCUCCCAGAAACAAUCCGCGUUCUCGACGAGAUCGUCACAGACUUUAUCCUCGAACUCUGCCACGGUGCGGCGCAGGUCGCGCACCAUGCACGACGACAAAAGAUCAAGGUCGAUGAUUUCCGAUUCGCGCUGCGCCGGGAUCCGAAUAAGCUGGGUCGUGUACAGGAACUCUUACGUAUGGAGCGUGAGCUGAAAGAAGCGCGAAAGGCAUUCGAUCAGAAUGAUGAUCAGGUUGCUAAGGAUGCCGGGAAGAAAGCCCCCGCCGCAGAAGUUGAGGAGGUUGAUAACAAUGAUAUGGCUUCUGUUACGGGCAAGAAAAGCAAGGGUAAAGGGAAGAGAGCUGCUGGGACAAGGAGAGGGUCUGAUGCUACUGAAGAAUCAGUCUCUAAGAAGAGAAAGACUACUUGA